AUGUCUGAUGUCUCAUGCAAGGCAAAUGGCCCCGAAGAUGGGAGCAACAGCUGUAUCGAGCCUGACUGUGACCCAGAUGAGCCUCUAGAGGAGGUUACUUGUGCUUGCGGUCAUGGCUAUUUCAACGCAGACAAGAGAUGGGUCUCAGGUUACGAAGUACGUUCAGGCCUGGCACCACCAAAGCCGUCGCGUGAUGAGGAACCGAACCACAAGGAAAACCAAUUAUCUGCGCCCCGCAAGGCUGGUUCAACUGACGUCGACAUAUGCCUCAGUUCAAGCGUAAGCAACAGUAGCAAAACAAACCGGGAAAUGGGGGCUUUGGAGAAAAAAGCCAGUAUGGCGAGCAGCACAAAUGAAGCAAGCUUGCGAAAAGAUCCCAUAUUGAUAAAUAUCGAUGCUUCACAACAACAAAGCCAGGGGACCCAGUCAGCUCUUGUAGCCCCGAUCAAGACUGAAGCAGCAGCUGCUGAAGCCCGUUGCUGGGAGAAAGCGGUCGAGGUAAUCACUCUGAUAAGAACCAAGAAGCUUGACAGCUUACUCUUCCAGAUUUUUAACUUCACGUUAACAAGAGAUGACAAGAAGCGUAUAGACACCAAGACAAUGGGGGAGCAUCCCACAAGUAGCCUUAAGACCCUACUGGAAUCAGCAACGCAAGCAAAGGAGGCGUCCGAUGCCAGCGGCAGCACUUUCAGAAAAAAGGCAGAGCACUUCGUGACCGUGUUCCAUGACUAUGCAACCUGCGUUGACGCUAUGAUACAACAAUCGCCAGAGAUCACGUCCGUGGUGUGGGGCUCGAUCAGAUUCCUGAUGGGUGUAGGUUAA